AUGGCUUCACCAGAUUACUACGGCGGCCACGGGCCGGGCAUUGUCGGAGUCAGCGUCUCAUUAUGUUGCGUAGCAACAAUCCUCCUCGCCUUGCGCUACUACACCUUUUUCUAUGUGGUCCGAAACAAAGGUGCCGCGGCGCUGCUAUGGGCCACUGUUGCGUGGGCCCUUGGGAUCCCGAGUGUCAUCCUGUACUGCCUCUCCGCAUCCUACGGUCUUGGAAACCACAUCACCAUCGUCUACGAUGCGCCAAAGCUUACCACGGCUUUGCUCUUCGAGUGGAUCGCUGCCAACACCAUCUGCUUUUCCGUUUGGUUCGCCAAACUCUCCACGGCGAUCUAUAUUCUCGAGGUUCAGGGCCACACGAACAAAAUUGGCAAGUGGCUUCUGAUCGUCACGCUUAGCGUCAAUCUCAUUUGUUACGUCGGCACGAUUCCGAUCAUCUUCACGCAGUGCACUCCAGCCGACAAGCUCUGGGAUCAAACUAAGCCGGGCAACUGUAAUGGGGUGUACCGUGCGUUUGUUUGGGCCACCUUCACCGGCGCGUGGGGAAGUAUGACGGAUCUGAUUCUCGCUUUCUACCCCAGCGUGAUCAUCUGGAAUCUUCAGCUUCGGCUCAAGUUGAAGCUCAUCAUCUCCAUCCUGAUGGGCUUGGGUGUGGUCACCGCGGUGUGCAGUCUGAUCAAGACCAUCGAAUUUGGUCGAUUGGAAGCGGUUAAGGAUUCUACCUACGAAAUUGCACCACUGAUGAUCUACGGUAUGACGGAGAUGUGGGUGGUGCUGAUCGCAUCCAGUGCCGCCCCACUGUGGCCCCUCGUCCGUCGGUCCAUUCAGUCCACCACAUCCACCAGCCCACGGUCAGGGCCGAGUCCCUUCAACGCGUUAUAUAGCGUCUCGCGCAGCAGAUUUUCCAAAACGAGCGGUCGGUCUAAGUACGGUCACACGUAUUCGGAAGCCCUAAGAAGCAUCGAUGGCGAUAGCCAAGAUGGCAUUGUCCCGACGGAGGGGAUCAUGUUGACUCGAUCGUUGACCGUCAAGCAUGAUGCAUGA